GGCUCGCGCACUGCGCAGCGCUCAUUGGUUGGCGCGACAAUAUAAAGUUCCGCAGUGACUCCUUCACUGACUGCUGCUCAGCCUCACUCACUCACUGCAGGAGGACAGCGUGUACGGUGCCCGGCGUCCGAGAGGAUUUACCAAACUUUCCCGCAUUUGCACUCGGGCUUCCUUUGAAGGUCUCCCUGUUUUAUUCCAACAUGAAGGAGCGAAGACUCACACAGCCGUUUGUAGGGAGGUGUAAGCUGGUGCUGGUUGGGGACGUCCAAUGCGGUAAAACAGCGAUGUUACAAGUCUUGGUGAAGGACUGCUAUCCAGAGACUUAUGUCCCUACUGUGUUUGAGAACUACACAGCCUGUCUGGAGCUUGAAGACCAGCGUGUGGAGCUCAGCCUUUGGGACACAUCAGGUUCUCCGUACUACGACAAUGUCAGGCCUCUCUGCUACAGCGACUCAGAUGCAGUCCUCUUAUGCUUUGACAUCAGCCGACCGGACACAGUAGACGGUGCACUCAAGAAGUGGAAAGCAGAAAUCCAGGACUUCUGCCCCAGCACUCGGAUCCUGCUAGUAGGCUGCAAGACGGACCUGCGCACAGACGUGUGCACCCGCAUGGAGCUGUCCAAUCAGAAACAGGCUCCAAUCUCCCACGAACAGGGUUCAUCAUUAGCCAGGCAGCUUGGAGCCGAGGCUUACUUGGAGUGCUCAGCUUUCACAUCAGAGAAGAGCAUCCAUAGUGUUUUCCGUACCGCGGCUCUGGCCUGCAUGAACAAACUCCAAGCCACCAAUAAGCCCAGCCCAGUCCGGCGCCUCUCCAAGAGACUCCUACACCUGCCCAGCAAGACGGAACUCCUCUCCUCCACCUUCAGCAAGGACAAGUCCAAGAGCUGCUCCAUCAUGUGAAUACUACUAAGAUAAAUGUGGCAAAAGGACAAACGAACGAGACUGUUGCUGGCUCAGCGGGGGUGCCUGGUGUGCAAGGGAAAGAGAGCAAUUAUGUGGAUUUUUACAAAGCCUCUCUCUCUCUCUCCUUUGCAGCUUCCUCCUGCAAACUCCUGUCAACCGCUUCCAGAAAAAUCACUUUCUAUAUUCAACUCCAGUGCUGAAGUUUUGAUCAUGACUUGCCACCAGCAUAACAAUAUCUGCAGAGAGAGAGAAUUAUGUUUGAUGUUCAAUUAAACCAUGUGCUAGCAGAGCAUAACAGGCGCUUUAAGGUGCUGUGAAUCGUCUUGAAUAAGGUCACUACUGCCUCUUUACCAAAGGAAGGGUUUGUAACUAUUACAUCUGACUGCAUUUAAAAUUCUGAAGGCAGUGCCCUUUCCCAUCCAUCUUUGUUUGAAUGUCUGUCUGAGGUCACCGUAUGGGCUGAGUGACGAGAUUAAAUGUAAAAUCUGACAUCUGACAGGAAUUGGUAUCAACAGAAAUACGGUGCGGGGGAUUGAAAAUGGCAGGCCUUGGAGAAAUUCCUCUCCCAGCUGACCCCUCUUGGUAUAUCGGUUGGAAAUUAAAGCUGACAGUGGAGAAAAGGUGGAGAGAGAGGAGGGGUUUGGCGAGCAGAGCGCUCAUUUGCAAAGGCAGCGGGAGGACAAACCGAGAGCUCGUCUGAAGGAGCACAAUGUGACUCAGCACUCACAUGAUCUGCAAAACAGUCACGGGUUGGACGUGCUGUGCUUAAAAACAAAUAAACAAACACGUGCAUGU